AAACACGUUACAACCGCAAUCUCAGGUACCAUCUUUGCCCGAAAAAGACUCACCUCUUGAACACUCACCAGCGCACACAGAAAAACCCCGCGUCUCUCUCUCUAUCUAUAUUUUAUGUCUCUCUAGAUUUCUCUUCCAAUCAAAUCACUCAAACUUAAAUGAAAGGUAAUUAAUAGAUCAAAUCUUGCCAAUGCUGGAUCUGUUGACACCUCUUCAUGUUUCAACCGACGAAGUAUCAAGGAUGAGACCUCCUCUCGUUCCACUUGCGACAUUGAUUGGACGUGAGCUUAGGAACGAGAAGAUUGAGAAACCUUACGUGAAGUAUGGACAAGCUGCUUUAGCAAAGAAAGGAGAGGAUUACUUUCUCAUAAAACCCGACUGCCAGAGGGUUCCUGGGGAUCUGUCGACAUCAUUUUCCGUGUUUGCGAUCUUUGAUGGACAUAAUGGGAUAUCAGCUGCUAUCUUUGCAAAGGAGCGGUUAUUGGACAAUGUCUUGAGUGCAAUUCCUCAAGACAUCAGUAGGGAAGAGUGGCUUCAAGCGCUUCCUCGAGCACUUGUUGCUGGUUUUGUGAAAACUGACAUAGAAUUCCAGCAGGGAGGGGAGACUUCCGGGACAACUGUGACAUUUGUCAUAAUUGAUGGGUGGACUGUGACUGUUGCUUCUGUGGGGGAUUCACGAUGCAUAUUGGACAGCCAGGGGGGUGUGGUUUCUCUCUUGACAGUUGAUCACAGGCUAGAAGAAAAUGUAGAAGAGAGGGAGCGUGUAACUGCAAGUGGGGGUGAAGUAGGAAGGCUAAAUGUUUUUGGGGGCAACGAGGUCGGUCCUCUGCGUUGUUGGCCAGGUGGAUUAUGUCUUUCUAGGUCAAUUGGCGACACGGAUGUUGGAGAGUUCAUUGUUCCAAUACCCCAUGUCAAGCAAGUGAAACUUUCAAAUUUUGGUGGAAGACUCAUCAUCGCUUCUGAUGGUAUCUGGGAUGCUUUAUCUUCUGAUAUGGCUGCCAAGUCUUGUAGGGGUUUACCUGCAGAGCUUGCUGCAAAGUUGGUUGUUAAGGAGGCAUUGAGAUCAAGGGGCCUGAAGGAUGAUACGACUUGCCUUGUUGUUGAUAUCAUCCCAUCUGACAUUCUUUUCUUACCUCCAAUACCCAGGAAGAAGCACAAUAUGUUCAGUUCGCUUCUUUUUGGAAAGAAAGUUCUGAGCUCUGUGAGCAAAUCAACAAAUAAGCUUUCUGCUGUUGGUGUGGUGGAGGAACUGUUUGAAGAGGGUUCAGCUGUUCUUGCAGAAAGAUUAGGUAAGGAUUUCCCCGUGAACACCAACUCUGGGAUGCACAGAUGUGCUGUCUGCCAAGUGGAUCAAACCCCAGCUGACGGUUUAUCAGUCAACUCGGGCUCUUUCUUCUCACAUGGGUCAAAGCCAUGUGAUGGCCCCUUCCUCUGCAGUAACUGUCGGAAAAAGAAAGAUGCUAUGGAAGGCAAAAGGCCAGGUAGACCCACAGUGAUUGCAUAGCAACCUACCUAUCCGGUAACAGAGUAAAUAUUUGACAUAUUUUUUGCAUGCUUGGCUUUAUUUUCCGGUACUGAUUGUAAAAGAUUUGUAAGAAAUGAGGUAGAAAUACAGGAAGUAGGUGUUUUUGUCUUUCAAUUGUUUGUAUUGAUUGUGGUUUUUGCCCGGCUUCUGUACUAACUGACAGAAGACAGAAAUGCUGUCUGAUAGAUAUGUUUGUGAUAGUUUGAUUGCUAACAGUUUGAAUUUGUAAGUAAAAAUGAAGGCUGCAUAGUUAAAUGUUC